AUGGACGCGUCGAGCGCGAGCGGCGAGAGUGGAAGCGGAGGCGGUCGCGGGACUGGCAGGAGGUGGAAAGGGAAAGGGGUGACGCCUUCCGCGCGGCACAUCUUCCCCUUCGCGUAUGAGCCCUCGGCGACGACGGCGCGCGAGAGCCCGCAGCUUCUCCGGCAGUACUCCAGCAUGUCCCAACCAGCGUCGCCGCCGCCGCAGCAGCAGCCUUUGCGGCAUCAGCAGAUGAUCUCGUUCGGCGGUUCUCCGCCGUGCGCGACCCAGUCGUUCUUCAUGCCAGUCGAGAGCGCGCAGCAGCAGCAGCAUCUGCUGCGGUACUGGAGCGAGGCGUUGAACCUGAGCCCCCGCGGCGGCCUGGCCGGCAUGCCGCCUUCGCUGUACCAGCAGCUGCUGCGGGCGCCGCCCCCGCCGCAGAAACUGUACCGCGGCGUGAGGCAGCGGCACUGGGGUAAGUGGGUGGCGGAGAUCCGCCUGCCACGGAAUCGCACGCGGCUGUGGCUCGGCACCUUCGACACCGCGGAGGAUGCCGCCAUGGCGUACGAUCGCGAGGCCUUCAAGCUCCGCGGCGAGAACGCGCGGCUCAACUUCCCCGAUCGGUUCCUCGGGAAGGGCCGCGCAGGAGGGAGCGGCCGCACCAGCGCCGCCAGCUCCGCUGCCACCUCGGCCGCCGCUGGCACCGCUUCCUGCUCAUCGUCAUCGUCCUCGCCUCCGCAAACUUCUGACGAGGCGGCGGCCAACACGCAGCAAGCUCCGCGGCAGCGGGAACAGGAGCACGCAGAAUGGUCCAUGCUUGAAAACCAACCACAGCAUCCACCCCCAACGACUAUUCCCCAGGAUGGAGGCUCUCGCGACGCGGCUACGCCCUACUCGGCCGAAAUGUUUCACUCGUCGGCGCAGUCCGGCGGCAUGUGGGCUCAGGCCGACGAGUCAUGGUUCAACACAUGGGGCCCUGGCAGCUCCUUCUGGGACUACGAGAUGGACGACAGUGCUCGCAGCCUCUUCAUUCACCAUCCUCGCUUCUCCGGUGAGGAUGCCGGCAUGUCGCAUCCUGGCGCACAAGAAACACCACCGGCGACGGCAGCAGCAGGGACGUCGGACACAACAUGCGAUGACGUCCCGGUAACCUCUUCUUCUCCUCCUCCAGAAGCACACCAGGCUCCAAACUUCAUGUGAAAGGUCUAAACAUGCAUACACAUUCAAAGUUUGAACACCUUGGCGAUCGAUCCCGGUUAGGAUUAGGACAGAGAUGCACGCAGGUUGCAGUUUUUAAGACAAUUCUGCGGCAUCACGCACUUGCACAUCACAGCAUCGUUUCGGAAGCCAUCUGGCCACACAUUUAUUUCCCAAUACUACUUUUCUUCUGGAAACCACAAGGGAAUCCUGUACCUUGGCUGCAAAUUUUUGGCCAGCUUGACGUAUAGGGUGACCAGUCAAUCUCUCCUCCAUUUACACAUUUUAGCACAUGUUGAAUGUCUUAGAUAUUUGUUGUACGGAAUAGUUUUCAAUGUUGU